UCUUCCUCCUCCUCCUCUUUGCAGCAUUCAGUAAGACCACACGUGAAGACUAAAUAUGCCUGCGCACUCUCAAUGAGAUGCUUCUACUCGAUAACCUUCAUUCUUUCUAUAUCGCUUGACUUUCCAUCUCUCUCCGAAAUCCUUCCCGCGACCAUCUCAUCCAACCACUUCUGUUUGCCACUGAUCUCAUCGUUCACCGUUUGAUCACCAGAGAACUUGACUCUACAGUGUACAUCUUGAGGGAAAACCACCUCAUUCUGAAUAUGUUCUGCCUCCGGAGCUGGCUCCCCCUCUUCUUCAUCCCCACCAACGCCUCCCCCCUCUUCAUCAUCUCCUUCGUCACCUUGACCUACAUCCUCCACCGACCGUGCAUCUACUGCUCUGCCCUACUCCUCAUCCUCUUCAUUUCCUCUUGUCACUGGUCCGACAGAUGUUUCUUCGACCUCCGCGGCGACUGGUUCAGUCCGCGCUACACCACUCCCGUCGCGCCGACCUCAUGCCCGGUCAGUCCCGCGAACGAGACCCUAGCCGAGUAUUUCUUGGAGACGGUGACCUCGACUGCCAAGGCGCUCUCGGGGGCCCUAGUCGAUGAGGCACAGCGGCGGCUCGCCUCGAAUCUCUCGGCUGAGGCUGGCGCUCCCCAAGAAUGGACGGGCAUUGGCAUGGAAUGGGUGCGCAGUCUUUUGGGACGGAAGGAGUGGACCUUGCCAUGCGUGGACGUCAAGGUGAGGCUCUAGGCGUCGUGCCGUGGAUUGGAAAUAGGUGGAGCACAUAUAUUUGGAUGGUGUUGUUGUGUUAUCUACAGAUAUCCGAGUCUUGGGGCUUUCGGUAUGCUUUUCCUCUAUGGAGAGAAACUAGGGGUGAAAGCCAGGGAAGGUUGCUUGGCCUUGGGACAUGAUCUGGACCGGGAUGGCCGGAAACUUCGUAUAGAUCUCCGAGGGGCUGCAUCGAUGUACGCUUUUCUGGGCAUCAUCUCCUUCGGACGGAAGAAAGGAUGACACUAUCGGUCUGAACAGCUAUCGACUGGUAUUGAGCGAGAUGUUCAUUUCUGAUGCAUGGGGAGUUUAAAUUGUACAUAGCAUAUAAUCAUCGC